UGCUCUUCCUUGAUAUAGUGGUCAGCACGCCUGAGAAACCGGUAUUCUUUCUCGUCGAACGGUCACGGGUGCCUCGAGCGCACUGCCCGGACAUUGGCCCCGUCGUGUACUGAUAUACAUGGAGACACGCGUUUCUCGAUGAAUUCUGAUUUAAAUGCAAUCACGACGCGAGGACAAUUCGAAUGAACCGUGAGAAUUGAAGGAUUCGUGGUGGACAUGGGACAUCAUGUUCCUGGAGUUACGUUUCUUGGUGGUGAACAGAGAACCCGAACAGGGACUCGAAUUGCUAAUUAAACUCUGUACCUGAGACAGAAAUUCUGUCACAGAAGUGAUCAUUGCUGCCUAAGAAGGAUCCUCUGACGAUCUGACAUGGUCUCUGACAUGAUUCUGACUCUGGGUUCGUACGAUGCUGGAGUUUGGAUAAUGGAGGAGGAUUCAGCAAGUCCUUUAAUACGGGAGCUCUGGGAUUCAGUUUCGUGGUAGAUCUUUCUCUUUCAAGAGGGAUUCUAGGAUCUUGUUUAUUUAAUGGAAGCUCUAGGAUUGAUGAGUAUCGUGAUAGAUUUUCCUCUCUAUAUCCUGUAGAAUAUCGUUUUUUAAUCGAACAGAAAUGGUACAGUUAUAUAUCUGAUUUUGUUAGAUAUUAAAGAAAAUCUAGAUAUAAAAGAUAUAAAAGAAAAUCUAACAGCUUCUAUUAAACGUCGAGUUCUCGCAAGCGCGCAUCUCGAAGACAUUCUUCUCCGUUGGAGAGGGGAGUCCCUGGCAUUUGGCUCGUGCUUCAAACCUACUCAAACCUAUUCGUAAAUUCUCGUAUAGAUUCAGAUUCAUUGUUGAGGAUAACAGAAAAUCAAUAUUCCAUCGAUGUUUCCACCACCCUACGAAAAUCCUCUAAUUCCCAAUAUCCCUUCACCUUCACGAUCUCUUACAAAUUUCAUUCGUAACAUUCUCUGUUCAAAUGGCAACGAUCUAACGAUUUGCAACCACGGGAUGCACCGAGGCAUUCCUCUCGAUUACGAAACUGCUUAGAAUAAUCCUAUUUCGUCAACACAGUGAAUAAUUUGACAACACGAAUGAUUUCAGCAACAUAAAUUGCAAUUAAAACGAGCCAACAUCGUCAGUGUUGCGAUUCACGAUCACUUUUUACCCGGGAAGAGUAAAUCCGUAAAUGUCAGAGAAAUGUUCGGUCGAACCGAGGCAGCGAUCCUGAACAGAGCGGCGAUGACAUUAAUGACGAUUCGGUGAAAUGUCAUGUGUCGUGUGUGUGCGCGCGAUCGAGGAAGUUCAUCGUGUCGUUUUCCUAAUUCAGUGUUUAGCACCGUGCCCGAAAGGAGCUCGACGCAUAAAUUUUCGUUUCCGACAGGAAGAGAUUGGCGUCAGCCUUUGAAACAUUAUUUCCACGUUCGAUCAUCACAUAGCGUCGCUUAUCAUGUUUCGUUCUGACGUGAACAAUGUUUCCAUUUUUUAAGAAGUCUGGGCAAAGAGACAGUCCCAGAUCUUUGCAAGCUUCUCCUACAAAGUCGACAAGUUCUGGGAAAUCGUUUGGAGAUGUCCUCAACGGCGGUUCGUUCGUUGGAACGCCAACAGGUACAGUGUACAGCCUUGAGGAAGAAGAGGAAAACGAAGUUAUCAAUGGGGAAACGAAAGAAAUGUAUUCCUUUGGCUCUCAGCUCUCUAAAACCCUCCCACAGAUCCUUGCGGAUAAAGGUGCUCUCGGUUAUUUCAUCCAGUUUAUGGAGACACGUAACUGUAUAGCGCUUAUUAAAUUCUGGCUCGAAGUGGAAUGUUUGUAUAGCUCGAUCGGCAUACAAGAAAUUAAUAGGAAAAAUGUGGAAUCUUCGAAUAUUGAAAAUUCUAAUAGACUCUCUAGUUCGGUGGAUGAUAACGAGAAUUUUCAUUGUAAAAUAAUGCAGGAUACUGCAAAUGAUUGUGAAACUAAAAAUACAUUGAUCAACGAGUAUGUAAAUAGUAACAAUACAAAAUCAAAUUGCAACGACAUGCCAAAGACUAGUCAAACGAUAAGCAGAACGCGACAAUCAAACUACACGUGCAAGAGACGCGACAUGACGACCACUAGACAAGAUGCUAUAAGAAUUUACAAGAAAUAUUUCGUUAAAGAUGUCUUGGAUACCAAUCACAUUCCGGAAGAGCUGAAGACAGAAACAGAGAAAGCUUUUGCUUGCGAAAAUAUUGAGCCUAUGUUGCAGUGCCUACUAUCUGUUCAAACAAUCGUAUACAAGAUAUUAGAGAAUGAGCAUAUUAAUGACUUCUUAAGAAGCGAAUUCAAUUGUAAACACCAGAUUGAUGUUCUUACCAGUGGUAAUGUACAGCUAACAGACAUAUUGUACAACGAAACUGCGUUCUUUUAUUUCAUGGAGUUUUUAGAACUUGAAAACAAACGAGAAUUACUGGAUUUCUGGAUGUCUGCUGUCAAUUACAAACAAAACUUAUUGGAAAAGGAGGAUGCUACAGACCCCGAAGAAGCACAAACGGAUGCUCUGAUUAUUUAUGACAAAUAUUUUAGUUUACAAGCAACGAUGCCUCUUGGAUUUAGCGAUAAAAUUCGUUUCCAAGUGGAACAAAAUAUUUGCCACGAAGACGGAGAAGGACCACGACCCGACUGUUUCGAUAAACCUUGUAAAAUUGUAUAUAAUUUCUUGAAUAAGCAUUAUCUACCCACUUUCUUAUCAUCGCAGUUGUAUUACAAAUACUUAUCUGAAUUAAUCAAUACUAUACAAAGCAGUCCGUGUUCGAGUUUACAUCCUAGGAUAAAAAGAGCAGGUUCCGAUUGUAGUAGCGAGGUGAGUUCUGUUAGUAUUAAUAUGCAAAAUACCCUGCAGGCAGGGGGCGAAGGACAUAGAUCGGCCAAUACCAAAUCGAGUAUUACCGGUGGAAUGAACAUCGAUACUAGACAACUUUACGAUCCGGAUUCCUUAUGGAGACGUAAUAAAUAUAGUUUGAGCGUCGGUUACGUCGAUAAUUUAGGCAGGUUCGUUACCGAAAUAGAGCCAGAUCCUCAGAAAAAAUCUGAGUCUCGAUUAACGCGUGUUGUGAAGAGGCUUGUACAUAUGGAACAAGACAAGGCGAAAGAAGAGUUAGCGUGGAAGAUCGCCGAGAUGAUCGUUCGCGAGAUCACGUCUUUGACUCUAGGAGCUUCGAAUUUUUCGUCCUGAUGGCAGACUCUACGUACGAUGACAUCAAUUUCCUUUCUUUGUAUAAUAUACUUCGCACUUUAAAUGCUUAAAGGUAAAUAUUUUUUUUAAGUAUGAUUUUUUAAACGUUUACGGACCGAUAUCAUAUUUUGCCAAAGUGCCAAAUCGAAUAGAAACGAGACGAAAUAUUUUAUUACAUUUAAGAACGAAAUUCAAUCACCGACGGAAACGUUCGUCUGCACUUAUAAAUUUUUCGUACUUUUCAUACCGAUAUUUUUGCGUCUUUUUCAUAACGCACGAACGAAACCAUGCAUUUAAAAGUUGAGUCUACUAUAAGAUCACACUUAUGAUCAACGUAGAAUUAACGAGCAAGGAUGUAUAAAUCUUUUACAUUUGAAACGGAUAUUUCACUGAAAUUGACUUUUAGUUGCAAAAAAUAAAUUACAUCGGUAUAAAUACGAAAUUCUUCUGCUUCUUAAAAGCACAAUAACGAUCUGUAUAAACGGAAACGAUUUCAUGCUUUUAUUACUUUCGUGAGAUUAUACAAAUAUUCUUCUGUGUCGUAAGAUAUAAUUGUACUGUCUUUUUAUAGCAAUGAUAUUAGGACGUACGGGCAUAUUGCUUUGCGUUCGUUAUGCUGUGUUACUUUUUUAAUCGUUCGACUGCCAAGUACUUUUGUAGCUCAGUAAGUUUUACGCUUUCUUCUUUAACAAUUCUCGAUGUUUUCUAACCUACAAAAAAAAAAAAAAAAGAC